AUGGCUGGAGAGGACUUCGCCGGGCGGGCGGCGCAGUCCGGCGUGCUCACGCUCGCCGAGACCAACGCCAUCUUCCUGUGGCACGCCGCCGCCAACAAGCCCGCGCUGCUGUUCGGCACCGAGCCGCGCCGGGGCCUGGCGCCGCAGCGCUGCCGCCGCUUCCAGUCCUGCGCCUACCGCAGCAACCAGUGGCGGUACCGCGGCCGCUGCGACAGCAUCCAGUUCGUCUUCGACGGCUCCAGCUGCGGCUCGGCCGAGUACGGCGCCGAGAUCGAGCUGAAGCGCCAGGGCGUGUCCGUGGCCCAGCGGGUCAUCGAGUACUUCUCGGACGGCUCCAGCAGCACCUUCGCGGUGUCGUUCGACUACCCGGUGCAGAUCGAGCCCGACACCUUCUACACCGCCAGCGCGGUGCUGGACGGCAACGAGCUGAGCUACUUCGGCCAGGAGGGCGUGACGGAGGUGCAGUGCGGCAAGGUGACCUUCCAGUUCCAGUGCUCCUCGGACAGCACCAACGGCACCGGGGUGCAGGGGGGCCAGAUCCCCGAGCUGGUCUUCUACGCCUGAGCGGGGGGGGCUUUUAU